AUGAAAGCUUCAACUAGUCUGGCCGUGGCCGCCGCCUUUGCGCCCUUGACCAUGGCGCGUUUCCUCGACUUUGCUCAGCCUGAACGACGGGAUCAUCCUAUGCCUGCCGAAGCUGUACCCGCGGAAGCCAUACCUGGAAACGCUCUUCCUGCAGAGCUUCUCAGUGGACACAAGAAGAUCGUUUCGGGAGGUCACAAGAUCUCCAAGACCGAGAUCAUCAUCAUCUGGGCGAACCCUGGAGCUGGUGCCGAAACUACCACCAUCAACGAAAAGGUCACAGUUACUGAGACCGUCACCAAGGGAGGCGAGGCCGUUGCUACUCCUGCAGCUCCUUCUCAGCACACCGUCACUGUUGGUGGUCCAGGAGGUUUAGUCUACCAGCCUGAGGAGCUUCACAAUAUCCCCAUCGGCGACACUGUUGUCUUCGAGUUCCUGUCACAGAACCACACCGUCUCUCAGUCUGGUUUCGAUAAGCCUUGUGCUCUUCUCGAGGGUGGCAUGGACUCUGGUUUCAUGCCCAACCCUAAUAACACCGUUUCUCCUCCUCCCCAAGUCGCUAUGCAAGUCAUGGUUGACACUCCUCUCUGGUUCUACUGCAAGCAAGGCAACCACUGUGGUCAGGGUAUGGUCUUCUCCAUCAACCCUACUGCUGAGAAGACCCAGGCCAAGUUCAAGGAGAUGGCCAUUCAACAGAAUGGUGAUGGCAAGGCUACUCCCAUCACAGGCGGCGAUGCUGCCCCUGCACCUCCCGCUCCUCCUGCUGAGUCCAAGCCUGCUGAGGCUGCACCACCUGCUCCCGCGGCUCCCGAAGCCACAGGAGUUGUCCCUGGAAAGGGUGUCAUCGGUGGCGAUGGCAGCUGUGUAUGCAUGGUCUCCUGCUCAGCUGGUGGAUUCCCAGCUCAGGCCCAAGGCAUUAACUCAUUUGGCGGCAUGGGUGGUGCCAUGCCUUACAAGUUGGACAGUGUGGUUUAAGUUGAGCAAUGACAUGAAAUUCUUGGAGGUGUUGAUACCACGGACGAUUUGAGUUGAAUAUGUUAUUACUUGAAUGUACCAUUUAUGGGUUUUAGACGACUGGGAUUAUGUUUGGGUACCUGGCCUAGAUGGCUGAUAAAAUCUUCACGGGCUUGAAGAUCGGUUUAGG